UGUGGUGUCAGGUUUUAUCUUCAUUUGUGGUCUGUGGUUUUUAUUCAAUAUUAUUGUUUAAGUGUUGUUAUUUAAUAAAUACAAUCUCUAAAUUAUCUUGUGGAAAUCGCCUAUAAAAAAAAACCCAAACAAACUAUACCAAGAUGCAGUGCUGCGUGCCUUUCUGCGUAAAUACUUCAGACAAUGCGUCAACAUCUGCGGGAACAGGAAUUACCUUUCAUGAGUUACCCUGUGAAAAAAAUCUCCUUGCUGCUUGGCUCAGAGCCCUCGGCACACAAGACCAUCACCUGCCCGACCCUGCUGUAGUCUGCUCGCAGCAUUUUAUAGAUGAAGACUUUUAUAUAACAAAGAGUUGUGUUAGGCAGAUUCGCUCUAAUGCUAUACCUACAACAGUGCAGAUGUGCAUGAUAUGCCUGGACACUGACAGCAAGCUGUCUCUAAUGAGUAAACACAAGUUGGAGGAGGCAUAUGAACAGCUAACUGGACUGUCUUUGUUUCAGUUGUGUCGUGGAGGAAACCUGAAGCAAACACUCUGUGUGCUGUGUGCUCAGAGAUUGAUUAACUUCAGUAGAUUUAGAGACUUGUGCUUGAGAGCCCAUUCACUGAUGACAGACUUACUUGCACAAGAUGAAUUAAUUACUAUACAAUAUAAGGAACUGAUGAACUGCACAACAAAACAUCUGCAGUGUAACUUAACACAGACGACGUUAGGAGCAGACUACUGUGACUUGUACAUAGAUCACACUGAUGAAGAGGAACAGACAGCAGCAGAGGAAUCUGUAGUGAAAGAUGUUGCAUCAGUUGUGGUGAAGAAUGAAUACAGUUCUGACUCCAUGUCAAAUGCUGAAAACUCUGAAUUGGUACAUGAAGAUGACAAUGACAGAGACCAUUCCAACAAUGACUGUGUAUUGGACGAUGAAUACUCUGACAUGAGCUUAAAGCUGGAAUCUAGGUUACUGGAUGAAGCUAUAGGUGAAGCUCUUAGUAAAGCCAUAGUUUCCAGGGUAACAGUCACAGAAGACCUGGCUGAAACAGAGAGUUCCAUAAAGAGUGAAAGUAUUACAUUUGGAUGUACAUUUUGUUAUGAAGAUUUUGUGCAAGAGGAUGCAUACAAUGAACAUAUGAGCAAGCAUCUCCAGAUUUGUGCAGAUGUGAGCCGCGGCGGUGACUCACUCGUGCUGCAGAACAAGACAGGAAGUCGGAGGCUGAAUGAUGUCCCUCCCCCGGCUGCAGACUGCGCUCAGGCUUUAGUCGCUCCACUGUCCGCGAGACUUGCGGCAAACAACGACCACACAGUGCAGGCAACUGAAGAAGCAGCUGCGACCCGGAAAACUGAACAAAUCCUUGAGACUGACAUUGGUGAACUGGACAACCAAUCAUCUCAGAGCGGCACCAAAAUAUAUACAGACAUAAAUAGAUUCACAAACUGUGUAGUACAGUUAUAUGAUAUUUUCAAGAAACCCAAGAAAACUGUACUAGAUGAGAAUCCACGCGUGAAAACCCACACUGGUGCAAAGCCUUACUCUUGUGAGAUGUGUAAUCAUAAAACUGCCGACAAAAGUAAUUUUGUUCGUCACAUGAAAACACACACUGGCGAAAAGCCUUUUUCUUGUGAGAUUUGCAAUUAUAAAACUGUAGUUAAAAGUAGUUUAGUAAGUCACUUAAGAACCCACACUGGCGAAAAGCCUUUUUGUUGUGAGAUAUGUAAUUAUAAAUGUUCACACAAAAGUGCGUUAUCAAUACAUGUUAGAAUCCAUACUGGUAAAAAGCUUUAUUCUUGUAAGAUAUGCAAUUAUAAAUGUGCACGAAAACAACAUUUAUUAUAUCACAUGAAAAUGCACAGUGGCGAUAAGCUUUGUUCUUGUACGAUAUGCAAUUAUAAAUGUACACAUAAAAGUAGCUUAAGGCUACACAUGAAAACGCACACUAGAGAAAAGCGUUAUUCUUGUAAGAUAUGCAAUAUUAAAUGUACAGGUAAAAGAGAGUUAUUAAUACAUAUUAGAACCCAUACUGGUGAAAAGCCUUAUUCUUGUGAAAUAUGUAAUUUUAAAUGUGCACAAAAACAACAUUUAUUAUAUCACAUAAAUACGCACAGUGUUGUAAAGCUUUUUUCGUGUGAGGUGUGCAAUUAUAAAACUGCACAGAAAAGUCAUUUAGUACGUCACUUGAGAACCCACACUGGCGAAAAGCCCUUUUGUUGUGAGAUAUGUAAUUAUAAAUGUGCACAAAAACACCAUUUAUUAAAUCAUAUGAAAGCGCACACUAGCGAAAAGCCGUAUUCUUGUAAGAUAUGCAAUUUUCAAUGUACACGUAAAAGAGAGUUAUUAAUACAUAUUAGAACCCAUACUGGUGAAAAGCCUUAUUCUUGUGAAAUAUGUAAUUUUAAAUGUGCACAAAAAAAAAAUUUAUUAUAUCACAUACAUAUGCACAGUGGUGAAAAGCCUUUUUCGUGUGAGAUAUGCAAUUAUAAAACUGCACGAAAAGGUCAUUUAGUACGUCACUUGAGAACCCACACUGGCGAAAAGCCUUUCUGUUGUGAGAUAUGUAAUUAUAAAUCUGCACAAAAACAACAUCUAUUAAAUCACAUGAAAACGCACUCUGGCGAAAAGCCGUUUUCUUGUGAGAUAUGCAAUUAUAAAUGUGCGCAAAAACAACAUUUUUUAAAUCACAUGAAAACGCACUCUGGCGAAAAGCUUGUUCAUUGUGAGAUAUGUAAUUAUAAAACUGCACAGAAGAGUCAUUUAGUACGUCACUUAAGAACCCAUACUGGCGAAAAGCCUUUUUCUUGCGAGAUAUGCAAUUUCAAAUCUUCAGAUAGACGUACUUUAUUGAGGCAUAAGAUGAGAAUCCACACUGAUACUACGCUUUAAGAGUAACUGCGAUAAUAUAGUGAAUGUGAAAAAUUUGCGCUAUCUCUGGAUCUCACUCAGCUUCCUUCUUCUGACCACAGAUCCAGACAGCUUCUCGGUGUCAGUUGCUGCUUCCUUAGGCACUUUUGACCACUGUCUGGUGAAAGGACAUGUCAUAAUUUUAUAAAGAGGCUGGGCCUUUAUUCCGUGUGUCAACUAAGCAGGACAAAUUAUUUUUAUCUUAAAAGAACAUAAAAUAAAAAAAUUUUUGGAACCCGCAUUUUUUUUAAAUUUAUUAUAUAAAAUGUAAUUUUUUUCGUUAGCAGCAGAGCUAGGGCUAGUCUAGCAUGGGCAAGGGAGACUUUAUCCACGGGGAUAGGAUAAAACGUUUAUCCCUCACACUCGUUUUAUCCACUCUCCGAGCAUGGGCACGCCGGUGGAUAUAUUAUCCACGGUGGAUAAUCGGAGGGAAAGACUUGUCCACCCAUUUGUAGAUAUCUUAUAAAUUGUCAUUAUAAAAUCAAUAGUCCGAAAUAAACGUAAAUUUGAUAAUAUUUUAUAGUAGUCUUUGGUUAUUUUGUGCAUAUUAUUUAUCUGUUUUCUGUUGACGACAUUGUUUUGUUUGGUGAUUGUUUUUGCGGUGGUUUGUAGUAUCCAUAGUAAACGGUGUUUUUAGACUAAUAUAAGCCAAAAUGAGUUUCAAAAACUAAGUUGUUUUAUAUAAAAACAAAAUGUACCUAGUAUAAAAUCGUUUAGAUAAAUAAUCAUAUAUUUGAUUUUAUUCAGAUGAAAAAAAAACAAAAAGCAGAUUCAGGUUAUGGUUGAUUUCAUGGCUUCCCAUAAUCAUCUUGCCACUGGGCAGUUCACAGGCCCUUUAGGAGCUAAAAGGGCCGACUCCCAGUGGCAAACACUAAUAUUAACCAAUGGAAACACGUAUGUUACGUGGCUAAUAUUAUAUAUUAUUGGCUAUAUUACUAUUUAGUUCGUCAGCUAACAAAUUUAAAACUAUUUAAUAUAACAAAUUUAAAUUGCAAAUGUAUAAUGCACAGUCCAUAUGCAUUCGAAUUUAUAUAUUUAUACAUUACUUAAGACAACAUUAAUUAAGACUUUUUAACAUGGCAACAUGGUCGCAACUCACACCCUGACAGAUUGUCAGUGAUAUUCGCGUAGUCGCGUUAAGGCGAUUUUAAAGCAAUUUAAGGAAUUGUUUUGUUUCAUACUUGUCUGUCUACGAUUGAAUGUUUCUUUUUAACUUAUGACACAUGACAUAUAAUGACAUUUGACAAUAUUUCAUGACAUUGACAUUUAAAACUGUUCAAAGUGUUCAAACUUUUACUGUAUUGUCUAUGUUUAUUUUGUAGACUAGGGUGCGAAACAAAAAAAAUCUAAUAUAUAAAAUUCUCGUGUCGCGGUGUUCGAACUUGAACUCCUCCGAAACGACUCGACCGAUUUUUGUGAUCCUUAGCGUGAUUGUCGGCCUGGGUGGAGAAUCGGCCAACAUCUAUUUUUCAUCCCCCUAAAUGUUAAGGGUAGUCCACCCCUAAAUUUUUUUUUAUUUUUUAGGCAAAAUUUUUUGUUUUUAUUUUUUUAUGACACAGCAUACAAAAAUACAUACAACCCUAAAUUUUCACCCCUUUACGAUCAACCCUUAUAUUUUAUUUGUUAAUUAAAAACUAUACUAUGCACAAAAAUUAAGGGAGCAGAAAAAAAAUCCAAAUUUUUGGGGGAUUUUCAACAGGCUGUAACUUAUACAAAAAUGGUCGUACAGCAAAAAAAUAAAAAGCAAAUUGUAGCUCUAAGUGUUUAGUUUUUGGAUCUGAGUUUGAAAUUUUUUUUUUGAAAAUAUUUUUCGAGUAAUUAUAAGAAAACCACUGAAAAAAAAAUUUUCGAAAUUUUUUUGGUUUUUUUUUUAAUCUACGGACGUGGAAAAAUUUUUUUCGACUCAACCUCCAUAUAGACCGGAUAGCUUGUUUAUUCAGAUUUAAUUUCGUUUUUUUUAAAUCUCGAUACGAGCAUUUCUCGCUGAGAUAUCGAUGUUUGAAUGGAAAAAGAUCAUUUUGUCUUUGAUUACCAAUAUCUCAGCAACCAAUGAUCGCACAGAAAUUUUGAGGUUGGUUUCAAAAAUUUGAAUAAAUUCUCUGCAAGGAUUGGCAAUUGAAUUUUGAAAAAAAAUUUUUUUUUCAAUCAUUACAUGAAUUUGAAAAAGCAUCCAAAAAAGGGCUUUUUGUCGUUUUUUGGAAAAUCAAGCGCCCAAUCAAAAAUAUUGCGGAAACCACUGACGUUAAGUGUGCCUUUUACUGUUCAAUAUACCCACAAAAACCCUACAAAGUUUCAAUUCAAUCCAGCCAACCGUUUUUUUUUCCCACUUGAUCGAAUUUUUGAAAAAAUUAAAGGAGCAAGAAUUUCGCUCUGAAAAUGUCAUAAUUUAUGCUUUUGUGCUUGCGCACGUGUAUGUGUGUGUUCCACAGUAUUUUGUGACUCCAAACUCACUCUCCGAAGAUGUAUGUGUGUGUGUGUGUGUGUGUGUGUGGAAGUGACGAACCACAGGGUCUCAAUCUCUGAUAAAACCACACACAUACACGUGCGCAAGCACAAAAUCGUAAAUUAUGACAUUUUCAGAGCGAAAUUCUUGCUCCUUUAAUUUUUUCAAAAAUUCGAUCAAGUGGGAAAAAAAAAACGGUUGGCUGGAUUGAAUUGAAACUUUGUAGGGUUUUUGUGGGUAUAUUGAACAGUAAAAGGCACACUUAACGUCAGUGGUUUCCGCAAUAUUUUUGAUUGGGCGCUUGAUUUUCCAAAAAACGACAAAAAGCCCUUUUUUGGAUGCUUUUUCAAAUUCAUGUAAUGAUUGAAAAAAAAUUUUUUUUUCAAAAUUCAAUUACCAAUCCUUGCAGAGAGUUUAUUCAAAUUUUUGAAACCAACCUCAAAAUUUCUGUGCGAUCAUUGGUUGCUGAGAUAUUGGUAAUCAAAGACAAAAUGAUCUUUUUCCAUUCAAACAUCGAUAUCUCAGCGAGAAAUGCUCGUAUCGAGAUUUAAAAAAAACGAAAUUAAAUCUGAAUAAACAAGCUAUCCGGUCCAUAUGGAGGUUGAGUCGAAAAAAAUUUUUCCACGUCCGUAGAUUAAAAAAAAAACCAAAAAAAUUUCGAAAAUAUUUUUUUCAGUGGUUUUCUUAUGAUUACUCGAAAAAUAUUUUCAAAAAAAAAAUUUCAAACUCAGAUCCAAAAACUAAACACUUAGAGCUACAAUUUGCUUUUUAUUUUUUUGCUGUACGACCAUUUUUGUAUAAGUUACAGCCUGUUGAAAAUCCCCCAAAAAUUUGGAUUUUUUUUCUGCUCCCUUAAUUUUUGUGCACAGUAUAUAAUUUUUUUUGGUAAAUUUUUUUUUUAUUUUUUGAUGACUUACAAUAAAAAAUCUCAUAAUACUUUCAAUUUUUCACCCCUCUACGAUCAACCCCUAUUUUUUAUUUGUUAAUUAUAAACUUUAAUUUUUUGGCAAAAACCCUAAAAUAGCCCUUUUCUUUUUCCCAUACAAAUGAUUUGUAACUAAAACGUAGUCAAUUUGAGCUUUAUUGUUACUGUAUAAAGUUCAUAUUAAUAAUAAUUAGAAAACGGGGUAGGGGUAGGGUAGUGGUAGGGUAGGGGUAGGGUAGGGUAGGGGUAGGGUAGGGUAGGGUAGGAGUAGGGUAGAGGUAGGGUAGGGGUAGCGUAGCGGUAGUUGAAAGUUUACAUCGAGUUUCACGCGGACGAAGUCGCGGGCAUCCGCUAGUAUUUAUCUAAUUAACACUUAUGAUUUGUGCACCUUUAUGACAAGAGUGAAUAGGCAUUUUCUGGGCAAGCGCGCUCCAACCUAGAACUUAUCAAACUGUGACGAAGGAGAUACACAAAAAAUCGUGCGACCUAGAAAACGAAAGGAUCGGUCAGCUGAAAACGAUUUUCAUAUGAAGUUUCACAUUCAUAUUACGAAUUUUUGUCAACAAUUUGCAGCCACUUAAAAUAAACGUUAACUGGUAAUACGGCAAGACGUUAUGGAACUAACAAAUGAAAUGUAAUCUUUGAAAAAAAUUCCGUUCACUUAAACUCAAAAUAACAACAACAAGAAAUUAACAAUGCUCUAAAGUUCUAAACCGUUGAAAACUAAUAAAAUAUUUGACAGGAGUUGUUUUUGUAUAGACAGAGAUUAGAGACAGAACAUCAUUGAUUAUUUGAUUGCACAUAUUAGACAAUCUGUAAUUGAUGAUGUUCUGUGGUACCUACUAGAUAGUAACAGUUGUGUACUGACGAUUGUACGCCUUAGAGCUAAGUAAAUCUAAUUUAUAUAUAUUAAAUGCAUAAGUUUGA